GUGCCACUUUGCGCCGAUUGCCAGCUUGCCAGCCCAGCCCGCCAGGCACUAGGAAUAUUAGAUAACAGCCUGGAAAGGACAGCAUCAAUCCAUUGACCCAGACUAGUGUGUGUGUCGUCAACGGCAUACCGCCUGCCACCCGCCCACCACCUACCAACUCCAACCACAUCGUCGCCUCACCUUACCGAGCUUCUCUCUCCUCAGCUCUCCUCGUCGGUCGGGCGGCCUAAUCUAAUCAUCACUCUUCUGUUCUCUCCCUCUCCCCCUCCUCUCUUCUCGUCACUUCCGCCAGUAGUGUCGAUUCGAACAGCUGGUCUCAAUCGCGAACGACAAUACCAACAAGUUCAUGACCCAAACCUAGGGGCACCCUGCGCCUCCCAUCACCGCCCACCAUGCAGGCCUCCUCGGGAAUGUUGACAAAGUUUGAGUCCAAGUCCUCAAGGGCGAAGGGCAUCGCCUUCCACCCGAAAAGACCAUGGAUCCUCGUAUCUCUCCACUCGUCGACCAUUCAACUUUGGGACUAUCGUAUGGGCACUUUGAUAGAUAGGUUCGAAGAACAUGACGGCCCUGUCAGGGGUAUCGACUUCCACAAGACCCAGCCCCUCUUCGUCUCGGGCGGCGACGAUUAUAAGAUCAAGGUCUGGUCCUAUCAGACAAGGCGGUGUCUGUUCACCCUGAACGGUCAUCUUGAUUACGUCCGCACUGUCUUUUUCCACCACGAACUCCCGUGGAUUAUUUCGUCUUCGGAUGACCAGACUAUCCGGAUAUGGAACUGGCAGAACCGCUCGCUCAUUUGUACCAUGACCGGCCACAACCACUAUGUCAUGUGUGCGCAGUUCCACCCCAAAGACGACCUCGUCGUCUCAGCUUCCCUUGACCAGUCCGUUCGUGUAUGGGAUAUCUCUGGCCUGCGCAAGAAGCAUUCAGCUCCCACUUCCAUGUCGUUCGAAGACCAGGUUGCUCGAUCGAACGCACAGCAAACCGACAUGUUUGGUAAUACCGACGCGAUGGUCAAAUUUGUUCUCGAGGGACACGACCGAGGUGUCAAUUGGGUUGCUUUCCACCCCACCGCCCCCCAUAUUGUCUCCGCAGGUGACGACCGCCUUGUGAAGCUGUGGCGUUUCAGCGAAACGAAAGCUUGGGAAGUUGAUACGUGCCGUGGUCAUUUCCAGAAUGCUUCAGGAUGCUUGUUUCAUCCACAUCAGGACCUGAUCCUGUCUUGUGGUGAAGACAAGACUAUUCGCGUGUGGGAUUCUCAAAAACGCACCGCCGUGCAGUCUUUUAAACGGGAAAACGACCGGUUCUGGGUCAUCGCAGCCCAUCCCGAGAUCAAUCUCUUCGCUGCUGGACAUGACAACGGUGUUAUGGUCUUCAAGUUAGAAAGAGAGCGCCCUGCUUCCACGGUCCACCAAAACACCCUCUUCUUCAUCACAAAGGAGAAACAUGUCCGUUCCUAUGACUUCCAAAAGAAUGUAGAGAGCCCGACCUUGGUUUCCCUUAAGCGUCUAGGCAGUGCCUGGGUUCCUCCUCGGACACUAUCCUAUAACCCGGCGGAACGCUCAGUUCUCGUCACAUCCCCAGCGGAAGGUGGCUCGUAUGAGCUGAUCAACCUUCCUCGGGAUGGGUCUGGAGCCUUGGAUGCGACGGAUUCUAAGCGGGGACAGGGAAACUCUGCCAUUUUCGUCGCUCGAAACAGAUUCGCCGUUCUUAACACUGCCACCCAAACAGUUGAUAUCAAAGAUCUAUCUAAUAAUACUGCACGGUCUUUCAAGCCACCGGUGGGAACGACUGACAUUUACUUUGGUGGCACGGGAAAUCUUCUUAUAAUAACACCUACUGCUGUCCAUCUAUACGACAUUCAGCAAAAGAAGAGCGUCGCUGAGCUUGCUGUUACCGGUAUCAAAUAUGUAGUCUGGUCCAACGACGGCCUUCACGCAGCUUUAUUAAGUAAGCACAACGUUACGAUCGUUACCAAGACUCUUGAGCAAGUUAGCACACUGCACGAAACCAUUCGCAUCAAGAGCGCUACUUGGGAUGAUGCCGGUGUCCUUUUAUACUCUACACUGAACCACAUCAAAUACACAUUGAUGAAUGGCGAUAACGGUAUUGUCAGGACGCUCGAUCAAACUGUGUACCUUGUCAAGGUAAAGGGAAGGAACGUAUACUGUCUUGAUCGAUCUGCCAAACCUAAAGUUCUUCACAUCGACCCCACCGAGUACCGAUUCAAGCUAUCUUUAGUCAAGAGAAACUAUGAAGAAAUGUUGCACAUUAUCCGCACAUCGAGUCUUGUGGGUCAAUCCAUUAUUUCGUACCUGCAGAAGAAGGGCUACCCCGAGAUUGCUUUGCAAUUCGUUCAAGACCCGUCGACGCGAUUUGAGCUUGCCAUAGAAUGUGGAAACCUAGAUGUUGCAGUGGAAAUGGCCAAGGAACUUGAUCGGCCCAAGCUGUGGGUUAGGCUGGGAACUGAGGCUUUGGCACAUGGCAACCAUCAAGUUGUCGAGAUGGCGUACCAGAAACUGAAGCAGUUCGACAAACUCUCAUUCUUGUACUUAUCGACAGGUGACCACUCCAAAUUAGCGAGGAUGGCGAAGAUCGCUGAGCAUCGGGGUGAUUUUACUGCCCGGUUCCAGAACGCUCUCUAUUUAAGUGAGGUUGAGGAUAGGAUCCAAAUGUUCAAAGAGGUUGAUCUAUAUCCGCUUGCAUAUAUGACUGCUAAGGCACAUGGCCUUGAGGAUGAAUGCCAGUCCAUAUUAGAAGCGACAGGUGUCACGGAAGAUCAACUUACUUUGCCAAAGUUCGGUGAAUCAUUAACAACGCCAAAGCCGAUAGUACCCACAUUCAAGGCGAAUUGGCCUACCAAGGCUGCAUCACAAUCGUUCUUCGAGAAAGCUCUUGCUGGCCAAUUAGAAGGCAUGAGUCUAGAGGACGAACCGGCUGCUACUAACGGCCUUGAUGAGGGAGACUUGCCCGAAGAUGAUGUUGCUGCCAAGAAUAACGGGGCAAUGGAAGUGGAUGAUGACGAGGACGCCGCUGGUUGGGACAUGGGUGACGACAUUGUUCCAGAAGCAGAUAACGACUUUGUCAAUGUCGAGAGCACUGACACUAGCGGGGCUGGCAGCAGCGAGGCUGAUUUAUGGGCUCGAAAUUCUCCCAUAGCAGCAGAUCACGUUGCAGCUGGAUUGUUUGAGUCUGCCAUGAACCUACUUAAUCGACAAGUUGGCGCGGUCGACUUUGAACCCCUUAAGCCUCGGUUCAUGGAGAUAUACUCAGCAACAAAGACAUAUAUCCCUGCCUCUGCAGGUCUGCCGCCGCUGAUCAAUUAUGUGCGUCGGACGUUGGAUGAAACUGAUCCUAGGAAGGUUCUGCCCAUUAUCCCUCGAGACCUUGAACAUCUUGCAUCCAAUGAUCUUCAAAAAGGUUAUGACUCAAUGCGUUCAAAUAAGCUCGAGGAAGGUGUGAAGAUCUUCCAAGGUAUCCUACAUGCAAUCUUGGUCAAUGCUGUAUCAAGCGAAAGCGAAGUUGCUGAAGCUAAGAAGUUGAUUACCUCGGCUAGCGAGUAUACAGUUGCUAUGUCGAUCGAGCUAGCCCGAAGAGCCCUCGGCUCACCUGAGGCUGUGAAUGGUAACCCCGACUUGCUCAAGCGGAGCCUAGAACUAUCAGCGUACUUCACCAUUCCCAAGAUCGAGGUUCCCCAUCGUCAGCUGGCCCUUCUGAAUGCUAUGAAUCUGGCAUUCAGGAGCAAGAACUUAAGCUCAGCUUUGAGUUUCGCCAACCGUAUACUUGCGAAUGGCGGCGCUGCCAGGAUUUUAGAAAGCGCCAAGAAAAUGAAAGCGCAAUGCGAACGCAACCCACAUGAUGCUGUUGAGAUUGAGUAUGAUCAGUUCGCUGAAUUCGAUAUUUGCGCAGCUAGUCAUACUCCCAUCUACAGCGGCACGUCGUACGAAGAGUGUACGUUCUGCGGUGCCAAGUACCACUCUAAAUAUAAGGGCAGUCGAUGUGUUGUGUGCCGGGUAUGUGAGAUUGGUAAACGCGGUAGCGGUCUGAGGUUAUAUUCGUAAAUAAAGCUUCCCUUUGAUUGGGAGACAGUGAGCGGAGCUUGGCGUGAUAACUAGUCAGGCGGUUAUGUUGGUCAGCAAAAAGUUUAGAAUCCGAGAAAGGGAGAAAAAGGAGACCUGGGCACCCUGGAGUCUAGAACCUGUCUUGACGUAAAAUCACCCAAUGUGAAAAGCGCUACAAACUACUUUGAUGUUUACUAUGAUCUACAAAGAGAUGAGCACAAGCAUAGUUAAGUAGAUAGCUUCUGGCCCGUGCUGCUGUUGUACGAAGUAGGGGGAGACACUUUAAUGGAUAGCCAUAAUGUUUGAGACUUCAUCUCCUA